GGUCAUCGGGAAGCUCCAGUUUUGCGGGGAGAGGGCUGCAUCCAACCCUUCCUAAAUCAUCACCCAGAGGCGCCCACUGACUGACAGGGACGCAGAGGAUGCAGGGGAGUAAGAAGUGCACGGACGGCUUCAGCGACUCCUCGAGCAUUGGCAGCGUGCUGGACGAUGCAGACAGGGAGGUGAGCAGCCUCACAGACCGGGCGUUCCGGAGCCUGUGCAUCUCAGAGGACGCGUCCUUCCAUGACUCCGACCUGGCCCUGUCCCCGGAUAUCACUCGCCAAGUGUUCGGGAAUUUUCACCAGAGAACGGUGAGCCAUACCCAUCGGAAAAGCGGCAUUUGGAGCCAGUUACCAUCCCAAGGCACGGAGCAUGCCGGCUGGGCGGCCACGUUCCAACAGCUGCCCAAGUACGUUCAAGGGGAGGAGAAGUAUCCCAAGAGCAGCCCCCCACUGACACCAGCCCAGAGGAGACUGGAAGUGCCCGUUUCCGGCCUGAGGAGCAGCAACAAGCCUGUUUCCAAAGUGUCGUCACUGAUUAAAUCUUUCGACAGGACUGAAAGCCAACGUUGUGACAGCAGGCCUCCUACCAGCAAGGCUCCAGCUCUCAAAAAUCCCCCCAAAUUUGCUCCUCUUCCAGAAAGCGGUGUCAACUUCUGCUUCGAUUCUGCCGUUUUGACGGUCAGGAGGGUGCCUGCUGAAGUCUCCAGUACCCACAAGACUAGCCACCAGGCUGGCAGGAAGCACGGACAGCAGGAGUCCCCCAAGAAUCCUGAAAUGGCCUGUCAUGGCCCCAACAGCUUCCUCCCAAUGCCCGAAAACGCAGCCAACUCAUUUGAGUCAAAGUUCCCCUCUCCGGCCCACAGGGCAGCCACCAGCGAGACUGGAAGGGGCCAGGAGUGGGCUCGCAAAGGGACCUUUCUUCAUAGUGAAAACAGUGCUUUUGAGUCAUGGAACGCCCACCAACCCAGGCUGCCUGAGAGGAAGGAUGCUGCUGACACUGUCACAGAAAGCAAGGCUCCCAAGCGUUACGAGGACACGCCCUUGUUAAGGGAGCCCCCGGCCUCUGAGCACAAAGCCUCCCCCUGCCACCUCCGGGCCGGCUGCGGUCAAGAGGAGAACAGGCUGGCCGCAGGGACUCACUCCACAUCUGGAACCUGGGGAUCUAGGGAUCUGGGAGCCCAGGGAUUUGCUACGGAGGGAAAAGCUUCCAGCUCACAGCCUGAGCCUCCACUGAAACCGACCCAUGCCCCCUGGAGGAAACCAAAGUCUGGGAAGGGAGGUAAAGAAAGUCUGCAAGAUGCUUCAGAAGAGAAGAAGCAGACCAGCUGGAGAGGCCCAGCCUUGCAUACAAAGCACAAUCCCCAGGGGCAGUUUCCAGAAAAGGAUGCCCUCGACACGCCUGUGGACCCCCACGAGCAUUACGAUCCUCCUUUCAACAUCAGUAAGCUUCUGACCCCUGUCAUACCCAACAAGCACGUGCUGGAGUCCUCCAACAACCAGCCAGCAGAGGUAACUCCGUCACCCACAGGACAGCUAAACGGAUACCAAGAGAAGGAGCCCGGUGAAUGUCAGUCCUGGGACAGUUACAAAUCCAAAGCCCCCAGCCUGCUGUUCAACCUCAAAGAUGUGCGGAAGUGUGUGAAGAGCACGUACAGUCCCUCACCUCUCUUGAAAGGUCCUGAUGAGAAAACCAGAGGCAAGCAAGAAUCCCUGAGCAACGGCGGCCUCCUUCCCAACGGGCUCGAGGAAGGCCCUCCAGAUGAGCUUUCUAAGGAGACACCAGCUGAUGCCCCUUCUGUGUCACUCAUCAGUACGCAGAAGGACCCCAAAGCUGACCCCGGUGCAGCCUCUGCAGACAACUACCUAACUCUCACCUCGCCAUCACCUAACGCCAAAGCGCCCUUCUGUGUCAAUGGCGAGGCCGGCGACAGGAACAGCUAUGAGAAGGACGAUGCCAGUGGAGAAUCGGAGAUGGGGGGUGCCAGGCCCAGCUGGCAUCCAGACUCCAGGGAACACUGCCCCAGGAAACAUCUGUCUCUGAAGCUUUGCAGUGGAGACCCUGAGGCAGGGAAGGCUGCGGAGGCCCCAAAGACCUCCGGCCUAGAGAAUGGAUUCUUGAGAUCCGUCUCUCAAGAUACAGAACCCGAGAGAGAGGCAAGGCUUCAGAAUCCAAACUUCAACCAGAAAUUCUCCCCAGGGCCCCUUUCUCCCGAGGAGGAAGAUGUGUUUUACAGUGACAGCCAGUCUGAUUUUAUGCCAGGCCUCAAAAGUAAGAGCAAAUUCAGCACCAGCUCUUCAGAUCAGUCCUUUGCCUCGUUCGAGGACCAGCAGAAGACGUGGUUUGCCGAGAGCCAGCAGGAAGAAAGGAGGAAUGACGUGAGUGUAGGUGACAGUCAGAAGGAUGAGAAGGAGAAAGUGAUGGAGGAAGAUGAACUACAAUACCGUACCUUGAGUAAUGGGCACGCAUGCAUGGAGGAGCACAGCAAGUGGGAAUCCUUGCAAGGAGAAGAGGAAAGUUUGCCAGAAGGUAGCCCCGGGAAGGCGUCGAGGGAGGAAGCUAAUUUCAGAGUCACUGGCAUUGGGGGAAGUAAGGAUACAGCUCUUUCACAUGCCAAAGACCUAACCCCUUCACCAUGUUCCACUUCAAACAAGCACAUACUCUUUGCAAUUAAAGACAACACCCUCAGGACCACCCCCGUGAUAAAACCCAUCAUGCUGCCCCUCCUGAGAUCCAUGUCCUCAGAUUCCCUGCUGGGCACUGGCCACAAAGAGGAGGAACUGCCAAGGCCAGGCUGGGGCAGGGAUGCUGGUCUUUGUGCCCCCGACAGCCGGGAAAUGCCCAGCACUCUGACACCCACCAGCGUGCAAGGCACACACUUGAAGGGGGCGGCCUGUGAGGCUAUGGAGGACUGCGGGUGGGGUCCCAGCGCAGCCAGGUCCGAGACGUCCCAGGCAGCCCCAAAGGGGUAUGUCCCAUUUCCUCCACUCACGGGAGAGGGCCAAGGGUUGAAGCCAGCCCGAGAGGCCGUACAUAAAGUCGUGGCCAGCAAUGGCAAGAGCAGUUCCAUAGACCAGGGGAAGCUGGAUGCUCCAACGUGCAUCCCCACGAUUGCUUUGCCAGAAGGCGACCUGGAAGACCAGCCACCCCUACAGAAGCUUGGAACCCGCUGGGAAGAGCAGGCACAGGGCUUCCAAAGUCAUUUUUUGUCUACACCCAGAGCACAGCCCCCGGGGAGAAGACUGGCCCCUGGUGAGCUAGCAGCUUCCCCCAGCGCCAGCUCCCUGGAAGAGAACAGUGCAUGCUCCCCUGCCACCAGCAGCAUUUACGAUGAUGCUUACCAGGCCCCCAGUGAGCCCAGCCUGCUGCCAGGGGAGCCUCCCCGCAGCAGCCCCUGGGCCAGCUCCCGCCCUGGCAGGGUGGCGCAGAGGGAGGACCUGACGCAUGCCCUCACGUGGGAGCCCGGCUCCGACCCCCAACUGGAGUCAUCAGCAGAAGACCUCAGGACACUUUCUCCAAGAGGCUCAUUGUUGGACGUGACCACCAGCUCAGCUGGCCUCCUGGAGAAGCCAGAGCCUCCUUCUCAGCUGGAGAGGGCGGCUGGCAAGCCUCCAGCAGUACCACCCAAAACAGAGAAGGCCUUGCGGCGGGCCAAGAAGCUAGCAAGCAAGAGGAGAAAGACCGACCAGCCACAGGAAAAGCAUGGCGAACGCCGGGAGGAAAAGCUGCACCCCGAGGACUCAGAGCGCAGGCCACCUUCCCCCGGAGAGAGGCCCCCAGCCAGGUUCCCCGUGGUCCGUUCCCUGCCCCCUCCCGUGCGCCGCCACUCAGUGUCUGCCUUCUCAGAGCCCAUCCAGAGGCGGCCUGGGGGCUCCCAGUCCCUUACACCCCUUUCCCCUUACCCUGCCACCCAGAAGGUCCUCCAAGACCCCCAAUCUGGAGAGUACUUUGUCUUCGAUCUGCCGCUCCAGGUGAAAAUCAAGACCUUCUAUGACCCAGAGACGGGCAAAUACGUCAAGGUCUCUAUCCCAUCCUCUGAGGGAGGUUCCCCUGAGCCAAGCCCGCCGGAUGCCCUUGCUGCUCCCUACGUGCUGUACCCGGGCUUCCGGCCCCUGCCUGUGACAGCCUUGAUGCCCCUGCGCUGCUCCUCUCAGCUCUCUGCCCCCACCUUCCUAAGGCAGCGCCCUCACACCAACGAGGCAGCUGGCCCCAGGCCCCAGAGCGCCCAAGAUGCUGGCCUGCAGCUGGCCUCUGAGCCUCCCAGUGACCCCACCCAGCACUCUGCAGGGCAGUGCCCUGAGGGGCGCCCCCAGAGCCCAGGGGAGGAGGUGGGAGAUGCUCCAAGACUGCAUAUCAUCUCCACUAACGACCUAGAGGACUUCGCCAUGGAAGGCAUUUCUUGAGAAUCACAGCAGACUAACCCACCCCCCGAUAAACCCAGAAGAGCUUACUUCUCCCUCCCCCAGAGCA